UCAUUGUUCUCUAGUUCAAAGGUUACGGGUGUCAGAGGAGCGCGCGGGAAUUUCGUCUUUUCCUGGGCGCAGUAGUAAAGGCUCUUUUUUUUUUUUUUUUUUUCCUCCUAUGUUGUGUUGCGCAGCAGUUUAAUCAGGAGGAAAAUGUCAGCUGAGAUAAAAGUUAAUGCCCACGCGUUUAUGAGUUUUCUGAGGCACUGCCAAGAUGAAGGCAGCUCCGAGAUAUACCAGAGAGAGAUUCAAAUCAGAGUGGUCCAUGGGCUGAAUAUACCUCUACAAAACAUCAGAAUGCCAGUUUUUGUGUGUGAGAAAGUGGCUUUUCCAUGUCAGACUGAUGACACCACUGAGGUCUCCGAGUCUGAGGAGCAAACUGAACCCUUGGAAGAAUUAUGUACCCGUGGUUUGACCAUCAUGAAAGCGAGGCAGCUGCUGUCUCUAUUUGUGAUUUCGCAGAACCCUGCCAUUUCUCAAGGGGUUAAACCAGUCCUGCACCCUCUGUGGGUGCGCUGUGACAUGUUAGACUCUGAGGUUACCAUCUGGCUGGGUGCAGAGGCUAUUCACAAUGGCAGCAAGGUCACUGCAGUCAAGUUGCAUAGUAUCACCUGUAAAGGUCCAUCUACAGCGAAAUGUCCAUUUGUCAGGUUAGAUGAACUGAAACAACUACACAGCGAGAGGCACCAUUCAUGUAUGAUGGUGACGAGGGGAUUUGCUAAGUACAACCUUUUUGGGUCCACGGUAGUUGAGAACACAGUGAUUGAGUCGCAGAGCAGCGUGACGGUGGACUUCAGAUGGAACAAUGUCAAGAGCAUCCUGCAGACUCCACCACUGUCCUCUACUGCUACACUGAACAUAAAGGUGGCCAGUGGAGACAUAAGAAGCCCCUUGUACCAGUUUUACAAGGAGCUGGAAUUCGUCCAAAUUUUAGCAGAUGGUCUGAGAACAGGAGUCACAGAGUGGGUGGAGCCAUUGGAGGCCACUUCAGCUGUGGAGCUCACUAGAGCACUCAUAGAAGAUCUGCAGGAUAAAGCAAAGACUAUGGAGAAUAAAGCUAUAAAUGCCAGUGAGAUGCAGAAGUCGAGAAAUGAGCAAUCAGUAGAAAACACCAUGUUUAAUACACUUCUCACACAACGAGGAGACUUGGAUUUUGUGGAACAGUUAUGGGUGAAAAUGAGGAGGAGUGUGACUUCAUAUCAAGACAUUGUAGAUUGUUUACAGUUGGUUAUAAAAGCAUUGAAAUAUGGUGAUAUCAAACCAUGGAUCCACAGAGACAGCAGUAGCUCUCUCAGCAAGCUGGUGCUGCAGUCAUAUAGUGCACAGCUGGAGCCUGUGUCCCUCACAGGUUUGGUACCGGUCCACAUGCUGCUGGAGAUGGGCCUGGACAAGAUGCGCAAGGACUAUAUCAACUAUCUUAUCAGUCAAGAACUAGCAACACUGAAAGGCUUGAGCUACUAUAUCAACACAGAGGUGGACCUGCAGGAGCAAGUGGUACGUGUGAGGAAAUUGCACCAUUUGCUAGAGAUGGUGGUGACCUGCAGCACAUUCCUUGGGCUGACUUACGAGCAUCUCUUUGUUCUGACACAGUCUUGUUUGCAGUACUAUGAGGUGAAUCCGUACAACGAAGACCACAACUUCCAGCUGCAAAUCAGACCUGCAGUGAUCAGUAGCUUGUGUCAGAGGGAGAAUCUCCUCACCUGGGGAGUUGAAGUGUCAAGUGGCCAGGGCUCUAGAGAGGUCAAGACUUCCUUGCAACUCACUGACAGAUCACCUGUAGAACACCUGCCUUCUGAUAUUACAGAGUUCCCCUUUGAAACAACUGUCAAUGGUGAAUGUGAAGAGCAAGCCUAUUUUGUGACCACAGCUAGCUGCAGCCUUCUCAGUUUUGUAUGAAUUUAUAGAGGUCAGUUAACUAUAGCAUUGUAUUCUUAUGAAAAAAAACUUCAUGUUAAUUUUACUCUAAUGUACCCAUUGCCAAUUAAGUCCUACACUGCCUGGAAAUUGAAGAAUUUACACCUCAGCCCAGUAAACAUAACACCUUGACCAAAAAGCAGUUAUUCCAGUUAACUGAAAUUGUUUCUUCUGUAAAUGAUAAACUUGUAUAAGCAUUUGAACACUACUAUAGCAGUAACAACUUGGUUAUUUUGGGCAGUAAACUCUGUAAGCAGAUCAACACAUGCUUAAACAUGUUUUCAGGGUGACAUCUUACACAAAAAAAAAAAAAAA